AUGUCGAUUGUAACACAACCACGACAAAUAAUUAUUCAAAUAGUUCGUAAAUCCGACGGUAAAACAAUGAAAAUGAAUAUAGCUGAAACUGACAAUCGAAAAGUACAAUAUAUUAAAAGUCAAUUGAGACAUUUAUUUCAUCCACACGACAAAUUUCGCUUGUAUUAUAACGGUAAACAUAUUAAAUCUCGACAUAAAUUAAGUUAUUAUGGUAUAACAAGCCAUCAAUCAAAUAUUGUGAUUAUUUUACAUUAA